UCUGAUAGAAGACAUGUCUUGGAAAAAUACAGAUCCUUUGGAAUUAUGGAAAACAUCAACAACACUACCAAUUAAAAUUAAAGGGAAUGAUGAAGUGGAAGGGAGUUGUCAACAACCUCCACCUCCUGUUAGAAGUAGAUUUUGGAUGUCUGCCAACCAAAUUGACUCAAGACAAAGAACCGAUUAUUUUUGGAAAUUAAUUUUGGCUUGGCCGGACGAUUGGGAACGAAGAGCUGUUAUUUGGACAAAGUCUGUGAUUUGUGUUACAAAUGCUUUGUCUGCUUUUUACAUUACAAAUAAAAUUACUGCUGAUGUUUUUUUGAUAGAUCCAAAAUUAAAUUUCCUUCAAACACUUCGUCGAAUUCCGGCAAGAUCACCUUUUGUUAUGGUUGCACCUAUUGGAUUUAUUUCUCAAAUGCUUACAAUGACAUUUAUUUUUUAUCCAUAUUUAAUGUAUGAAGGACAACUUAGUACUUUAAGUUUAACUGGAAGAGCUGUUGCUUUAUCUCUUGGAAUGGGAAUGUUAAUACCUUUAUUUUCUGUUCCUCCUAUUGCUAAUAGUGCUUUCCUCAGUCAUCGCGAAAAACUUGGAAUGCGAAAAUUGCCAACUGGAAGUGUUUUUGAUUUACUUGCUCAAACUUUUGAAUGUACUCGUUCUGUCUGGCGUAAAUUACCAGUUAUUGCUGGAGUAAAUAUUGCAGCUGCUGGUAUUGUUGUAUGUUCUAUGGCAUGGGCUAGAAACAGAAUUCACAGCAAACUGGAUAUCGAUGCAGACUUAAUCAACGAAUUAGUAACUAAUAGUGAAUAUUAUCAAAAUCAAAAAAGGGGAGUUAUUGGGCAAAAACUUUAUUCAAUUGGUAGUUGGUUUACAAGUCCAAAAGUUCGCAAUUUUUUUGAAAGAAAGCGUGUAAGUUCUCCAGAUACUCCUCAUGAUAUUUAA